CGGUAUAAAAGAGGAGGAUGGAAGCGUUCCGAAUUCAGUCUGCUUUUUGAAAUCGAGUUAAACGCCAAGGAUCAUAAAAAAGUCAAAAUGAAGGGUUUCGCUAUUUUCGCUCUCUGCAUUGUUGCCGUUUCGGCAGGCAUUGUCGAUCAUGAAGCAUGUGGUGGAGCAGGUCAGGUGCGGCAGGUUCGAAUUAGCGAUUGUGAAGGUGUCGUGGCAGAAAUGAGGCAAGGCGUUGAAUACGCUGUUGAAGCAGACGUCGUUCCCGCGGCAUCCUCAGCUGGCCUGCACCUCAAGGUGACGGUGGUUUUCAUGGGCAACACAAUUCCAAUUAUUGACGCCGUCGUGCCAAACUCCGCCGUCCAACCGGGAGUACAGUACACGCUGCAAUGGUCUAUCACUCCAGGGGCAAUCCCAGUCGGAAAUACGGUCCCAGUAACGUCCGAGGUCUCCGAUGCGGCGUCGACAACUGUCCUUAUGUGUGCCAGAAUUACGGCACGGAUUAUUUAAAUUUUACAUGUAUUUGUCUGGUAAUGGAAUGAUUGGUUAAUUUAUUCAGAAUAAAAUUACGUUGAUCUUA